GGUGUACGGCCCCCGGAAAGAUGUCGCUACUGCGCUCACUGCGCCUCUGUCUGCUCGCGCGGGCCGGGAGCUGCCCAGUGAGGGCUCUUGGCCCAGGCCCGGUUCUGCCUUCCUUGCAGGCGGGACCCCUUCUGCUUCAGUCGCCCCAGCCGUGGCAUACAUUUCACGCUGGGCCCUGGUUGUCCUCCUCGGCUUCCAGCAAGGAGCUCCUCAUGAAGCUGCGGCGGAGAACGGGCUACUCCUUUGUAAACUGCAAGAAGGCUCUGGAGACUUGUGGCGGGGAUCUCAAACAGGCAGAGAGCUGGCUCCACAAACAGGCCCAGAAGGAGGGCUGGAGUAAAGCUGCCAGGCUCCAUGGCAGGAAGACCAAAGAAGGUCUGAUUGGGCUGCUGCAGGAAGGAAACACGACUGUGUUAGUAGAGGUGAACUGUGAGACAGAUUUUGUUUCCAGAAAUUUAAAAUUUCAACAGUUGGUCCAGCAAGUAGCCCUGGGAACCCUGUUGCAUUGUCAGAGCCUAAAGGAUCAACUGUCCACAUAUAGUAAAGGCUUCCUGAAUUCCUCUGAGCUCUCUGAACUUCCAGCUGGGCGUGAGAGAGAAGGCUCUCUCAAGGAUCAGCUCGCCUUGGCAAUUGUUCCUGUGAUGUACUGCAGCCCUUCCUAACUUACCUAAAUUCACUGGCACGUGGGAUUGAAAAGCUUAUGUCGUAAUAAGUAUUUCCAAACUGGGUUUCCUUCUUUCAUUCCCAAUCCCUCUAACUCUCCUAGACUCCCUGCUUGCCAGGUCCUCUCCACAGUCAACAAUUUGAGCUUUUACUUCCCAGACUUUUUUCUUUUAAGUAAACUAUCCUAAAACUCAAGACAACCCAUUCUGCUUCUGUCACAUGACUAAUAUAUUCCCUGUGCCUCACAGAAGAGGGAAAGUAAAAUGGCAGGGCUGGGCCUGGGACAAAGAGUUCAGGGUGCCAGCAGGGGCAGGUGGGCGUGGCCUGUGGGCAGAUCCUCCCCCCCCCCGCCCCCUUCCACACAGACCCAGACAGUGGUGCUGUGGCCGCCCACAGACAGGGGGUGGAGAGGGAGGAAGAGGUAAAGAGAAGUGUGGAUUGUGUACCAUCUCUGUUCGAAGUGUGUCUAGGGUUAUCAAGCACCUACACAUGUCCAUGGCCACACAGGCUUUAAAGAAUGAAAAUUCCUGCCUGGUUCUUGCUCUCAAGGGGCUUGCAAUCUGAUUGAUACACAUCACUGAUGAACGCUCCCAAGAGGCAAAGGAAAAAGGGCGGGCUUGACGAAGUUACAUAGGAUAAAGAGAAAGAAAAAAAAAAGAAAAAACAACCCCACCCAGAAAGGACUAUCUGGGGUUUUGCUAUUUGGAGGCAUAUUGUGCUCGUUAAGAGGAGCAUGUCUGGCCAUUCUUUUCUUAAGCCUUGGUGGAUGAACCCAGAUUUGGAGAGUAUGUGCCAUUAUCUAGUAUGGACGUUGGCAAAAAACAAAAGACAGACAAAAAACUCUCUUUGUCUACUGCUACAGCAGGACUAAAGCAGAGCAGUGACGCGGAGCUGCCAGUGUUUAAGGAUUUAAUUUGAUAAUUGGCACUGCCCCACCCUGUGCUGCUUAGAAUUGCCAGGAAAUAUUUGUUCAGGUUUUCUUCAGACCCUAGAUUUCAGUCAUUAAAGGCAAAUGCUGUGACCCAACUAGGGGAAGGGGACAAGGAAUUCAUUCCUUGGAGAGAGGUAAGAGUAAACCUGGUAAAAGUCAAAAAAGCUGGCACUAAUUGGAACUGAGAGUCCAGAGGCCAAAAGCAGUCCCAUUUUCCAGCAGGGACCUGGCAAUCAAAAUGCUCCCUGGGCCGGGGUCCCCGAAAUGCAGGGGAGGACAUGCUCAAGCAGGGACUUUGCCGUACCGGAACACCCAGAAAAUGUGAUUGGGGGACUGAGCAAAGCCCCCCAAAGCUCACUCUCUCCCUCCCCUCCUCUUCAAGUCCUAAUUUAUCAACUCAGCACCCUUUGAGACCACUGCACAAACCGCUGGGCGGGGUGCAGUUUUGAAAUGCCAGCUUAAAAGCUGGUGGCCCUUAAUUCUUACCAAUACUCCUAGGAACGGACCCCAAGCAGAGGAAGAAGCUGGUUUAAAUUUCUGCCUUGCCCCAUACCAUCUCUUUGAGAUGGGUGAAUCUUUCCAAGCUUUUGAAAGUGUGCCCUAUUGUUUAGUGGUCUCUAAAAAGCACCUUGACUUCUCAGCAGGAAGUUUGCAAAACUGGUCACAAACUCCUGGUUCAACCCUUUAAAAGCCUCAUCCGAGAACACAAAGCCAAGGACAUUUUAAUCUCCUCUUUCGUUUCUUUCUAGUUCAAGUAAAAUUGCUCUAUUGACCUGCAUCCAUAAAGCAAAUAGAACUUACCUUGUCUUCUCUCUCAGCGGUCUUCCCAGUUUUCUGGCGGGUAAGAGGCACUGUUGAGGAACCACCCAAUGCUGGAGGUUCCAGGUCCUGCUGCCUUACCUUAGUAAUGGCUGCGCAUACACUGGGUUAUAUUUGCUUGCGUUUGCAUCCUAACUGCAUUUUCCUAGUCCUGGCCAAUCACAGCCAACCUAGCCGUGGGCUUGACUUAUUCAAACCAGAGAGAAAGCUGUAUCUGUUCCUAUUCAAAACAGCAAAAACAAGAGCAGACUUUUAAAGGCUUCUUUUAACUCCAGCUCCACGCCCUGAUCUAAUUGAUUUUUUAAAAGUGCACAGCCCAUCAAUAAUGCACGAAAGAGGAUGGGAGGAUAUGAAAUUUGCCAUAUUGUAGAUAUGAAUGCAUUACACUGAUGACAGGAAGCAGGGGCUGAGGCUGCCCCCGCCCUCCGCGCGCCUGGGAUGUCCAGGCUGGCAAGCGCCUCCCAAGAAGCUCCUGGGCAUUUCUCAGAGGGGAAGUCGGGGAGAAGGGCCUGGAGUGAGUUAUUAGGUCAUUCUGUUUUGCCCCUUGGGGUCGUAUCAGUCCAGUCAAUAUCUGAGUGCCUACUAUGUGCCAAGAACCACGGUGGGCUCUGAGUUUCAAGCCUCCUAGUUUGGGGAAAUCAGUAAGGGGCACAGAAGGAAGACUCUUAAAUCCCUUGGGGCUUCUGGUUCCUCCCCAGAAGUCAACAGGACACCAAGCGUAUGCUUAUUAAGCACCUGGAUGGCAAUGCGGUUGAUUCCAGGUGGGGGCCAGGGAAGAGCUAAUGUAGCCCGACUUCUGCAACCUUGAGCAAAAUCCCUGUGCUGAGUGCGCGGCUGGUCCCCCAGCUUGGGUGCUCCAGCCUCGUCAUGACAGAGGCGUUUUAAGGGAAGAAGGUGGGGGGUAAGUGCCCGAAUGAACAACAGGAGGGUCAGGAGGCAGUGCCCAUUCACGGAUGGGUUUUUUAAACCCACUUUUAUUCAUUAAUUGUAAGUAGUACAAAUAUUCCAAAAAUAUAAACAGACACUUAAUGGCGUCCUACAUUUCAAGUUUUUGAAUACAAGUUUAUCAAACCAUGAACCUGUAAGCAAGGUAGUCAGAACCCCACAGCCCAGUCACAGCGGGAAGCAGAUCUCCCCCACCCUCCGAACGGUAUCUUGAAGGGGGUUACGUGGCACGACAUGGAACAUGUAAAAUCUGAGAUACUACAAGCAAAGAAGCUCACGGGGCGCAAAGAGGAGGGUCUGCUCCAGGGGCAAGCCCCACAGCAGUAAAGGAAUAGGGCAGGGGGCCAGACCCCUGCCUUCCCUCCCCUGCUUGAAUGCAAGUAUUUACCAGUAUUAAAAUAAAAGGACAAAACUAAAACCCCAUUUUACAAAAAAGGCGACCGAGGGACAGUAGGGGCAAGUGACUGAAGACCUGAAGGGGAAAACAGGCUUACUUUCCGCAGACGCUUGACCUGUCUUGGACAUGGGAUACAGGGCAGCCUUACGGGGGGCGGGGUUGCCUUACUGAAUGAGGCCUCAUGAACAGGGUAGGGGAAGCAAAACAGAACGGGAUCCAUUUCCCAGGGAAUGACUGCCUUUAGACUUCCCAGGCUUUUAGCAUAGAGAAGUUUCUGGGCCACUGUUAACAGAGGUGAAUUUAUAAAAUGGUCAAAAUCCUUGGGAGGCAGGAGGGAAUUAAACAGAAGGUCCCAGGUUAACUGAAGGCAAAUUUACUCAACCUCGCUAUAGUAAGGGACCCAUGGACCUACAGAGUGUCCCCUCUACAAUGUGCAGAGUGGAAACUCUUACCUGACCCUUUCCAAACCGGUCCUGUGUCCAAAGCUCCCCCUAUGAGAGGGACACGAACAUCAGGCUUUUGAUUUAGAAGCCCAAUCAGAGAGACACACUGUGUCCCUGAAGAGGCACCUUAAAGAACUGAACCUGGCAGGUGGGCAGAUUCCUGGCACGGCGUGAACUGGGGUCGACCAGGCCUGGUGGCCUAUUGCUUACCGAAGACCAGCCUCAAACAGGAAGGGCUGGUAGGAAACCCCGGAACAGAUCCUGGGGUGAACUGGCUCCCUCUCAAUCUUGCCCUCCUCCAAAACUGAGUCUGGCCUGAUUCCUCUAAGGAGCAAGUCUUGCAG